AUGGGUAAAAAGGACAAACGUGGAAGAGGUCUAACACUUGUACACAACAACCUUCCCAAAGCCACCUUAAUUGCUGAUGGCAUGAAAUAUCUUGGCUUCAAAAAUUUUAAACUUUCUGAUGUAUUCUACGAUGUACUUCCGCGUGACGUGGACGACCUUACAUCUGCUAUCUUCACAUCUACAACCAAUCUCCUCAACAAGUAUGCAUCUUAUAAACGUUUGUCUUUACGAGGCAGCACAAAACAUCCAUUUCCAAUUGGUGCAAUAAAUGCAAUUCGGACUUGCCGUCGAUUGGAAAGACAGUUAGAGGGAUUUUACUCAGAAAUCACAAAAAUUGAAUACAAGUAG